UUGGGCCAUCAUGGCGGUUUCACAUGAAUGAAUUGUAAUCUCCAGAAGAAACUAAUACAAAAAGAAGCAAUAGGUGCAUUGUUGCUGCUUAAACUCGGUCUGAGUGAAGCUCAGUGGAACCCUUGCUGAGCUGAGACAUGUCUGCAGGGGGUAGUGAGCCCGGAGGGGGCAGCAGCUUCAGGACAAGCCUGGCCUCUCAGUUCUUCACGGAGGAGGAGACCACCGCUAUCGACAUGACAACAAGCGAGAAGGUUGUGGAUUUGUUAAACCAGGCUGCUCUGAUAACCAGCGAAAGCAAACUCACGAUCCUCAAACAGGUUCAGGAGUUGAUUAUAAACAAGGACCCAUCACUCCUAGACAACUUCUUAGAUGAAAUCAUUGCUUUCCAGACUGAUAAGUCCAUGGAAGUUCGCAAGUUUGUCAUCGGAUUCAUUGAGGAAGCCUGUAAACGAGACAACGAGCUGCUGCUGAAGCUGAUUGCCAAUCUGAACAUGUUGCUGAAAGAUGAAAGUGUGAACGUGGUGAAGAAAGUGAUUCUCACAAUGACUCACCUGUACAAGGUUGCACUGCAGUGGAUGGUGAGGUUGAAGGGGAUUAGCGACAUACAAGAGGCUUGCUGGGAGAUGGUGACGACCAUGAAGGAUGAAAUCAUCUUGAUGCUGGACUCGGAAAACGACGGGAUUCGCACGCACGCCAUCAAGUUUGUGGAGAGCCUGAUCAUCGCCCUGUCGCCGCGCACCUCAGACUCCGAGGUGCCCAAGAAGCAGGAGAAUGACAUCAGCCUGGAGCGCAUACCCAAGGACCACUGCUACAUUCGACACAACUCACUGAAACAGGAGGGGACGAUGGCCCUGGAGCAGCUCCUCAAGUUCAUGGUCCACCCGGCCAUCUCCAGCAUCAACCUGACCGCUGCGCUGGGCUCCUUGGCAACCAUCGCUAGGCAACGGCCCAUGUUCAUGUCGGAGGUCAUCCAGGCCUACGAAACGCUGCACGCAAACCUGCCCCCGACUCUGGCCAAGUCCCAGGUGAGCAGCGUGCGAAAGAACCUGAAGCUGCAUCUGCUGAGCGUCCUGAAGCACGCGUCCUCCUUCGAGUUCCACGGGCAGAUCACCACGCUGCUCCUGGACCUGGGCACGCAGCAGCAGGAGAUCGCCCGCAACAUGCCCAACCUCAAGGACGUGCUCAAGCGGCAGCGCGAUGAGGCCGAGCCAGGCCUCAAGAAGAUCAAGACAGAGCCCCCUCUGGCAGAGGAUGAUGAAGAUAAAGACCUGGAUCAGGCUCCAGUCUCGUUACCGAAGCCUUCCUCAGCUCAGGGCACCCAGUCUGCCAUCGAUAUCACAGCGGAGUUCCUGCUGCCUCUGCUCAACCCAGAGAACGUGGCCAACCUGGUGUUGAUCAGCAUGGUGUAUCUCCCUGACACGAUGCCUGCCUCUUUCCAAGCCACCUACACCCCAGUGGAGUCUGCAGGCACCGACUCGCAGAUCAAACAUCUUGGCCGUCUCAUGGCCACGCAGAUGACCUCUGCUGGCAUCGGGCCAGGGGUGGAGCAGAUGAAGCUGGCUAAGGAAGCGCCCAAGGAGGAGGUGGAGCUGAAGCCUGAGAGCGUGCUGAUCAAGAGGCGUGUGUCAGCGCUGUCCAUGGGCCAGGCCAUCUCCGUGCUGGGAGCCUACUCCGGGAAGCCAGAGGAGGAAGAGCAGCCUCUCGCCAAGCGCCGCCCGGAACCCAUCUUACCCACCGCCCAGACCAACACCUGA